AUGUAUAUAGCAGAUACACUUUCAAGGGUAUUCAUUGGAGAUUCACAGGAGGUAAAUAAGGAUAGUUUAGAAGUAGCCGAAAUUGAAAUUCAAAGCACUUUAAAGCAUUUUCCUAUGUCAUCCAUAAAACUGGAAGAAUACGUUAAAGAGACGGAGAAUGAUAGAGAUUUAAAAGUCAUUAAAGUCAUACAAGUUGGCCAUGCUAUAGUAAAUUACCAGACAAUUUAAAAGCUUAUUGGAAUGUACGUAACUCAUUAGUAAUUAGUUAUGGACUGUUAUUAAAAGAUAAUAAAAUAGUGGUACCAUUAUCUUUACAGAAAGAAGUUCUAAAUAAAAUACAUUUCAAUCAUCUAGGUAUACAGAAGUGUAAAUUGAGAGCUAGGAGAGCAGUUUAUUGGCCAAACAUGAAUAAAGACAUUGAGUUGAAAGUGAAAAGUUGCAAUCUGUGUGCAAAAUAUCAAUGCGCUAAAAGUAAAGAGUUUAUGAAACCGAGUGAAACCCCAGUGGGAUGUUGGCUGGUGUUAGGUGUGGAUAUAUUUUACUUUAAUGAUAAAAAUGUUCUAUUGGUGAUAGACUAUUUUUCAAAAUACAUAGAGAUAGAGUUAUUAAAAAAAAUUGACUCUGAACAGGUCAUAUCAAAAUUGGUUCCUAUGUUUGCUAGAUUUGGAAUUCCAAGGAUUUUGAAAUCAGAUGGUGGCAGACAAUUUACUUCAGAGCAAUUCAAACAGUUUGCUAAAGAUUUUGAUAUUGAAUUGGUUAAUUCUUCCCCAACAUAUGCUCAAUCUAAUGGAAUGGUGGAAAGAGCUAUUCAAACAGUAAAGAAAAUGUUGAGUAAAGCUUUAGAAGAUGGUCUUGAUUGGAAUAAAUGUGUGAUGAAGUAUAGGAACACUCCAAUUAGUGAAUUCAUUCCGGCACUAGCGGAGUUAUUGUUCAAGAAGAAAGUGAAGUCAUUGACUCCCAAUGUAGACAAUUCUAAGGUUAAAGAUAGUAGUGUGGUAAAGAAAGAGUUAAUUAAGAGAUCCAAGAAACAAAAAAAAUGGUAUGAUAAAACAGCCAGAAAGAGUGAACAUUUUGAGGUGAGUGACCCAGUUUGGAUCCAAAUUAAAAAUGGAAACAGUUUUUGGAGUAAAGGUUUAAUAGUAGAAAAAGGUACUAAUGAUAGAAAUUUCAAAGUUAAGGUUGUUAAUGGCGAAACACUAUUAAGGAAUAGAAGGUUUUUAAGACAUAGGUUGAUAUCAAAUAGUGGUGAGGAAAACUUAGAAAAAGAAAAUAUAUUAAAAGAGGGGAAUGUACCAGUAAAGAAAUCUGAAAGAAUUAGAAAGACCCUGGCUUAUCUUAAGGAUUAUAAGUAAUUUAAGUUUUGAUAUUAUUAUAUAG